AUGGCACAAAGCAGUUCUAGCAAGAGACCUAGACGACAAGCUGCGGUAGAUACCCAGCAAUUACUGAAGUGGCUUGAAGAGGAAGAAGACGAACAAGAGUUAGGUGACCUGGAUGAAUCAGACGAAGGAGAAGUCGAUGUAUUAACUACAAGUGAUCACGAGACGGAUACAGAGCAGGAAAUGGAUGAGGAGGACGAAGAUCAGACAGCUACAAAUGCAAGGUACUAUAUAGGUAAAGAUGGGUUCACUAAGUGGAACAAACAGCCGCCACCUAAGAGAGUUCGAACUAGAUCACAGAAUAUAAUAACACACUUACCUGGCCCAAAAAACGAGGCACGUAACUGUACGACAGAAAUAGACAUCUUCAAUUUAUUUUUCAGUAUAAACAUAUUAAAUGCAAUCGUCAAAUAUACAAAUAUAUAUAUUUCAAAAGUAAGAAAUUUAUAUGUCCGGGACAGGGAUGCAAGGGAUACAAAUUCCACAGAAAUAAAAGCUUUUGUAGGAUUAUUAUAUUUAAUUGGAACUAUACGGAGCUCCACAAAAAACGCACACAAGAUGUGGGACAAUUCAAAGGGGAAUGGCCUAGAAUCAUGCUACCUAAGCAUGAGUGAAAAGCGAUUUCGAUUUUUAUUAAGAUGUAUAAGAUUUGAUGACAUUACUGACAGAGAAGAGAGAAGAAAAAUUGAUAAAUUAGCUCCAAUUAGAGAAAUACAUGAAAUGUUUUUAACAAACUUUCAAAAGUAUUUCACACCCAGUGAAUACCUUACAGUAGACGAACAGUUAUUAGCUUUUCGGGGCAAAUGUUCAUUUAGGCAAUACAUUCCGAGUAAACCGGCGAAAUAUGGCAUUAAAAUGUUUGCAUUAUGUGAUGUGAAAACGGCUUACACUGUAAGUUUAGAACCGUAUUUAGGCAAGCAGCCAGAUGGGCCUUACUGUUUUAGCACUAACGCUCAAGAUGUUGUGGAACGUCUAGUAACGCCUGUACAGGGAACAAACCGAAAUAUUACGGGGGAUAAUUGGUUUACUAGUGUUUCUCUAGUAAAAGCACUUAAGGCAAAGAAGCUGACAUAUGUAGGUACAAUACGUAAAAAUAGGCGGGAGGUGCCAGCAGAAUUUUUAUAUAUGCGGAAUCGAGCACUACACUCUUCAAUAUUUGGAUUUGAAAGUAAUUGCACUAUGGUAUCCUAUUGCCCUAAAAAAAACAAAGCUGUCUUGCUUAUAUCUUCAAUGCAUUUUGAUGACAAAAUUGAUGAAAGUACAGGACAGGCACAAAAACCUGAAAUUAUUACAUUUUACAACAUGACUAAAACUGGUGUAGAUGUUGUGGACCAACUUUGUGAAAGAAACAAUGUGGCCAGAAUUACUAGGCGAUGGCCAAUGGUCAUGUUCUUCAACUUAUUGAAUAUUGCAGCAAUUAACACCUUUGUUAUAUAUAAAUAUCACAAAUUUGCAACUAAUGAAACUUGUACACGUUAUGAUUUUCUGGAAAUGCUUAGUUGGGAAUUAAUAAAAACGCAAAUUGAACAUCGAAGUAACAUUGCAAGUUUACCAAAAGAUCUAAGAAAUAGAGCAAGUAAACUACUUAAAAAAAAUACAAACGUGCAGAUGGCCCCCCAGUCACCACCAUCUACCAGUCAGGGUCGAUGCUACAUCUGUCCUAGAUCGAGUGAUAAAAAAUCCAAACGAUGGUGCAAGACUUGCAAAAAAUGGAUAUGUUCACAACAUCAGUUUGUUGUGUGUCAGUCGUGUUACGAUAAAUAA